UAAACAAUGGGUAAGAAGACAAGAAACAAAUGAGAAGGAGCUCUCUGCAAUUGCGAAAUUGCAAGCUCAUCAUCAUCAACCCCCCUCAGCAAAACUGGCUGUACGAACGGAUUCGCCAUUCCAAUUCGCCCGGAGCCCCCCUCCUCCGCAAUCUCGUCGCGUGGGCAAUUGGAAGUUGAAUUCAGGUGGUGCUUGCUCCCGGGUGCUUGUCCGCUCUUUAAUGCGGAAGAAUUGAUCACUGGUGACUUGAGUUGAGAAGUCUCCAACUUACGGAAAAUGUACCGUACUGUAGCCACUGCCACAACUGUUGGUGGAUUACCAACUGAUAGUGGGGAAUAUGUUGUGAGUUUGGAUCAGGUUCCGCGGUGGAGUGAUACAGAAUAUAGAUCGUCCUUGGAUUAUGAAAAUGAAGAUCCUUCAUUUUCUAACUCAUAUUUUGCUGAUCCUCUGACGUCAUAUUCUGAAAUUACUGGCAAUGGGAUGAUAUCGAGGUUUCCGGUAGAACAUGAAAUUAACUCAAAGAUAUAUCUGUGGAGGGGAAACCCAUGGAAUCUUGAGGUGGAUGCAGUCGUGAAUGCUACAAACGAGAGUAUGGAUGAAGCACACAGUAGUCUUGGUUUACAUGCUGCUGCUGGGCCUGGUCUCGCUGAAGAAUGUGCAACACUGGGGGGAUGUCGGACUGGAAUGGCAAAAGUUACAAAUGCAUACGAUCUUCCUGCAAGGAGAGUGAUUCAUACUGUUGGUCCCAAAUAUGCUGUGAAAUAUCAUACUGCUGCUGAGAAUGCAUUAAGUCAUUGUUACCGCUCUUGCCUUGAACUUCUUAUUGAUAAUGGGCUUCAAAGCAUUGCCAUGGGUUGCAUAUACACAGACUCAAAGAAUUAUCCACGUGAGCCAGCAGCACAUGUGGCUAUAAGGACUGUUCGUCGUUUUCUUGAGAAGCAAAAGGACAAAAUUAAAGCUGUUGUUUUUUGCACCACGACUGCAGUUGACACAGAGAUCUAUAAAAGACUGCUUCCACUUUACUUUCCCCGAGAUAAACACGAGGAGGAGGUAGCCAUUUCCAAGCUUCCUGCAGAUGUUGGGGAUGAAAAUGGUGAGACAAUUAUUGAUGAACGUAAAAUCCGAAUCAAACCUUUGCCAAAGAAGGCUAUACCCAGACCUCCACAAGCCCCUGAGGAUCCUCCUGUCAGUGAUGUUGGCUUGGUUAGAAGGAAUUCUUCAUACUUGGACUCAUACUUGGAUCCUGCUUUCAUGUCAUUAAUUAAAGAUCCAGAUCAGCGGCGAAAGGAGCAAUGGGAAAAAACUGCCCAAGCACAGAGUAGCUGGAAUUGUGCUAGAUUGCUAGGAUUUGGUGAUCUCGGAGGACCUCCUUUAUCUGUUGCUGAAGAAUACUCGCUUCAUUCUAGAUACCUCUCUAAAGCCACUUCUAUUAAUCUAUCUGAAAUCGCGGAGAUGAAGAUUGUUUACCGAGGGGGGGUGGAUAGUGAGGGUCGCCCUGUAAUGGUAGUUGUGGGAGCACAUUUUCUGCUGCGCUGUCUUGAUCUAGAAAGAUUUAUCCUCUAUGUUGUAAAGGAAUUCGAGCCAGUAAUAAAGAAACCUUACACUAUUGUAUACUUCCAUUCUGCGGCAUCUUUGCAGCUGUACGUACCUUAUUUUGCUACAGAUGUAAAUCAUGACGUAUUGUUUGCUUCCACUGACUCGCAGCUUAUGGCCUAGAAGUGCGAUCGAGUCAAGUCAUUGACACAAGUCAACACUUGGCUUUGCUGGAGCUUCAUCAUCAUGAUUAUUUCAACUCUAUUAACUGCUCAACUGACUUCAGAUCCACCCAGGAGUGAUGAGACUUAAUAAAGAGGAAAAUUACUGUGCAAAAAAAUGCAGAAUGGAAAAGUAUUACAUGAAUUUAUUGAGUCGAGAUUAUUAGAAGUGAAUAAUUGAAAUCUAAAAUAUGUUUUAGAAAUCAAUGAUCCAAUUAUUUAGUGAUCCACUUUGUGGUAACCAUAGUGAAUUCAGCGCGAGUUAUAAUUAGACUCAGUAACUUUCAGUCAAGCUUGAGUAACUACUAAGCGAAGUAUCUAAAGCAGCUUAGCUCAAUAUCACUCCUAGAAAGAGAUUAUAGAAAGAAAAAUGGAGCAACAAAACUCUAUUGAAAGCCACAAUCAUGACGCGAUAUUUUGGUGAUGGAUGCCAAUGAGGGAUAAGACCUUGGAUAGAAUCUUUUAAAUGUCGUGUUGAUACAACUUUUCUAUAAGAUUUUGACUAUAGGUUGCCUAUCAGUAUUUUAAAAGUGUCAAAGCUAUUUUAGAUAAUGUUGCAACAUCUGUUGAAUAAUAAGUCCCUCUGCGAAAGCUUCAUCGUGAUUAAAUAAAGAGGCUCAGAGGCUCUACCAUAAAGAGGAUGUAAUGAAAGCCACACACAGAGUUUUCAUCCUCUUUGAAGUCGUCUGUUUGAGUUCUCUUUAUCCUUUCACUGUUGGCACUGUCAUCUUGAGAGUCAUUAUUGUGGCUUUACACAUAGUGGGAAAUCCUCUGUGGGGAUGAAUUUUGGUUAGUAUAUUAAAUAGGUAAUAUGAGAUGAGACGAAGAAUACAUUAAAUUGAUGCAAAGGAAGUAAAAUGAUGGCUUGGAUGUGAAGUGAGUUGAUACAUUUCUGAGAAUCACAUUUGUAUGCAAGUGGAAUGGAAGUGUUUGUAGGUUUUCAAUUUGGUGCGUGCGCUACUUUGUUU